UAUCUUUUCAUUAUUUGUCUUCAAUUUUUGAUGUUUAUUUCCGUGGAUGUUAUGAAAUCAGAUAUAAAAUGCAAAAAUGGAUGGAGCAUACUACCAGUAAAGCAUUCGUCAAAAUGUAAAAAAUUCCGCUGUCCAAAUACUUACAAGUGUGUCGCAAAGAAAUGCUGUCAGUAUCCAAAUGUUCUGAGGUGUAAUCCAGAAAUGAAAAAUAACACAUAUGAACCAUGGGCUUGUGGUGGUACAGGAGCUAAGGAAUGUUCUCAGGGUUUUCAAUGUAUCAUAGGUAAAGGUGGUGCUUACUCAAUGUGCUGCCCUAUAGUAAAAUGUUUCACCAAAGAUGGAGAAGGAUACAAACUUGGAGAGAUUUGGAAGAGUCCUUAUGACAAUUGUAACACUUGUGAAUGUGAUAUAAAUGGGAAGCAUAUAUGUACAGACAAAGCAGAAUGCAGAAUGUGUAUCAUCCCAGAAGAAAAUAACAGACAACAAAACAUUGGAUACAAAUAUCAGAGAAGAUGCGAUGAAUGUGAAUGUGUUUCUAGUAAUGUUAUUAACUGUAAAGGGCCUUGUGAACAACAUAACGCUAAAAUAGGUCCUUAUAGUUCUUUUACUCCAUGUCCAACAACUGGUCUUUGUGGUGUACAGACCAGGGUACGCCAAUGUUUAAGUGGGAGUAACUGUACUGAACACUCUUAUGAUACAAAACCUUGCAGUAGUCAAAAAUGUCGAUUUGCUGGAACUCGUGGCACAGAAACAGCAUUGAGAGACAAAAAGCGAAGUAUCAAAGGAAUAGACCCAUCGAAAAGGAAAAAUCCCUAUAUUUGGAGCUGGAUGGUUUAUAUUGUAAUUCGUGGAUACAAUUGUGGUGGCUCAAUUAUAAGUCCAAGACAUGUAUUGACUGUUGCACACUGUCUUCAGGCUUUUCCUGGUCAAAGUUCAAAAUUAAAGAGUGUCAGAAUUGUAGCUGGAAGACAGAAUUUAAUGAAAAAAUCAGACAAUGAGCAGAAACGAGAAGUUAAGAGAUCUAAUAUAUUCAUCCACAAAGACUACCAAGAUAGUUAUUAUCAGAACAAUGACAUAGCAAUAUUGGUAUUAGAUGAACCAUUGUUUAUAACCAAAUAUGUUGCCCCUGUUCUUCUUCCUAGUUCUAAUAAAGAAAAUAUUGAUGACUUGCUGUGCCGGGUAACUGGCUGGGGACUCACCGAAAAUGGUAUAUAUUCAGAUGCUUUGUUGGAGAUACAAAUAAAGAAGCAAAAGUGUGAUCUUCCUACAUAUGCACUUGGAUUGGUUAAUGCUGAUACAAUGUUUUGUGCACAUAAGCUAGGCAGAGAUACAUGUAGUGGUGAUUCAGGUGGACCAUACAUGUGUAAACAGCCUUCUAAAAUAGAAGAUGGCAAGGUGGUACCAGGAAAAUGGGUUCAGUAUGGGAUU